AUGUCACUUGAACAGAGCGGCGAGAUCCAGCUCGACGAAGGCUGUGAAUGGCGCUUUGAAGUGCCCUUCAAAACCAUCUUGACGCUCAAAGUUGUUGAUGGCAUUGGCGAGAUUUUUGGCACGGAACUUCCCAACGACACCGAAGUCCAUCUUACGGGAGCAAAAGCCGCCGUGUAUGCGCCUUUGCCGGCCGGGUGCCGUUUCCAAUACUCGUGCUCGCUCAAUAAAGAGAAUGUCAACAUCUCGAGCGAAGACGCCAAAGUCAGCGAGUACGUGAGUGAUGAAUCUGCUGUUCCAGCCUAUACGCGGCUCCAUUUUGCGUUGGAUGUUAAAAGACAACAAGCACAGGCAUCGGCGGCUAGAGGACCCGUUGUUAUGGUUGUGGGCGGCGCCCAGUGCGGCAAAACAGCCCUCGUGAAGAUAUUGGCCUCGUACGCCGCAAAAAUGGACAGAUGCCCGCUUUUGGUCAACUUGGACCCGCAGCAGGGCGUUUUCUCUGUGCCCGGGUCGUUGACGGCCGCAGUUGUUAGCGACGCUCUCGACUUGGAAGCUGUGGGCGGCUGGGGCGAGCUGCCGACACUGGGAGCGGCGUUUCGCCAGCCCAAACAGCCUUUGGUCAAGAGCUACGGCUUUUGCGCCCCACAGGACAACUCCGAGCUCUUUGAACACCAGGCGGGCGCCCUUGCUGCGGCCGCACAUGAACGCAUGGCGUCAGACGCCAAUGUCCGUGCUUCUGGCAUGAUUAUCGAUACGCCGCCCUGGACAAUGAAGGACGCAGACCUCGUACAGAAAAUCGUGGAGCGGUUUGAGGUCGACGUUGUGAUUGCCGUGGGCGGAGAUAGACUUGCCGUCGACCUUCGGCGGACGUUUCAGUCUCGCGUGGACGAAAACCGCUUGGAUAUUGUCAAAGUGCCUCGUGCCGGCGGAGUGGCCGAGGUAGACGGAGCGUUUUUGCGUAAAACACAAGAGGACCUGAUCAAAGAGUACUUCAACGGGUCGCGACGCACGCACUUGUCGCCGUUCAAAACCGACGUGGAUGUCAAGUCCGUGGUCAUAUAUAAGGCUGUGCGUCUUCUGGAGUACACUUCCCAAAUGGCAUUCUUGCCUUCUGGAGACUCGUACACGCAGGAGGACACGAAACCAGACUUGGCCUUGGACAAGUACUACGUGCGUAUCGAGGCUACAAGCGCCAAUUUGGAGAACUGUGUGUUGGCGAUCACGCAGUUGGAUGCAUCUGAAGAGCCGCUGAAGUUGUUGGAGACGUCUGUUCUCGGCUACGUACAUGUGUCGACUGUGGAUGACACCAAGCAAAGAAUGUCCAUGUUGUUGCCUUUUCCGGGACAGAUCCCAAGAAAGGUGCUCAUUGCAACUGACAUUCGGUACACGGAGUAA